AUGACCGAUUUGACUCCGCAAUUCAACCAAUGCGUCGAUAUAGUGACUUCGGAGAUAAAACCCCCUGCUCAUCCGCUAGACCAUCACACUAGUCAACAGGGCUACUUGAUCAAGGACACGUUCGCCAAAGAAUGCCGCGAGUUUUACGCAGUGCUAGUCGACCUCAACCAGUUCAUCACCAAGAUCAAGACUGACUAUCUAGCGAUCUCCGAAUCCAAGGCCAACUCCAUCACCAAGGACAAGAUCGACGAAGAUUUCAAUUUGAAAAUACAGCAGUGUUUUAAGAAACUCGCGGUGCUUGAGUCGUAUGAGACCAAGCGACAGGAAAUGGUGAAGCUGAUCUUACCCAGCAAGAGGCUAUGGUCCGUUUUCACUAGCACUGGCAGUGGAGGAAGUGAUGAACAGCUGCUAUAUUUUGACACUGUUUGGAGGCAUAGGAAGCAGAUUCUCCGAUUCUUGAUGGAGAGCUUGACGUUUGUCAGCAAGAAGUUCGACAAGAUGCAACGCAAGCGGUCGCUGCGUGAACGACAGUUGAACCUGUUGAAUUUCCAAGAUAUCGAUGAGGAUGACGAUAUCUUGAAUGUCGAUUUGAACAGCGCGUCGGAACCAUUCUUGACGAGUCUAGAUCUGAUUCUGCAGGCUGUUGGCGAUGAUGAUGACGAAGAACAAGUAGAGGAGGAUCAGAGUUAUGAUGCUGCGCUGGAGACGCAGGCUGGAAUGAGCCAGCAGCAACUACAGAUGUUGGAAGAGGAGAAUAAGGAGUUGUUGAACUUGAAGAAUACCCAGCUGAAGCAGGUCGACAAGAUCCAGCACUCAAUCAUGGAUAUCAUCAAUAUUCAGAACGAAUUGAGCUUCAAGUUGCAAGAACAGGGAGAUCAGAUCAACAAUUUGAUCGACUCGCACUCGGAAGUAGAGAUGGAGGUUGCUGCUGGUAACAAGACGUUGAAUAAAGCAACCAGGUCGAAUAAAAGAGGAUCGAACCUCUUGGUCAUGAUCUGCGUCAUCCUCGGUUGUCUUUUGGUCAUUAUAGAUUUCUUGAAGUUUAUAUAG